AUGACCAUCACACCCGCCGCCGUCUCCCGGCCGGCGCACACGUCCUCAGCCGGUGGGGACGACACCGCCGCCGACACCGGGGCCGGAGCCGGGCUCGGACACGGCAAGCACCCAACCCCGGACUUCACGCUCCCCAAGCUCCGCGUCGAGAUCCGCGACCUCUCCCACCCGGGCGCAAAGCACUUCCUCGACGCUGUCAACGCCGCCGAAUGCCUCGCCACCGCCGCCCAGAACGUCCUCGCGCUCCUCUACUCGUCGCCCGACUGCCCCACAACUACCCUCCCGCCCACCCGCUCCAUCACCCUCAUCCUCCGCGACAUGCCCGGCGUCGCCUACACCACGGGCUCCGAUCUCGACUCCGACCACAAGGAGGUCCACUUCUCCCUCGGCUACAUUGACCGCAUCAGCCCGCCGUCCCGCCGCCCCGAGGAGAUCACCGGCGUCAUCACCCACGAGUUCGUUCACUGCUUCCAGCGAAACGGCUUCGGUACCUGCCCCGGCGGGCUCAUCGAGGGCAUUGCCGACUGGGUUCGUCUCAACUGCCGCCUCAGCCCUCCCCACUGGAAGCGUAGCGCCGACGGAAAAUGGGACGGUGGCUAUCAGCACACGGCUUACUUCCUCGACUACCUUGAGCGACGCUUCGGCGAGGGCACUAUCCGCCGUAUGAAUGAGAAGCUUCGGAUACAGCGGUAUGAAGAGAAGCAAUUUUGGACUGAAUUGGUUGGACGGCCCGUUGAGCAACUCUGGAGCGACUAUGCCAAGAAACUCGAGGAUAAGAAGGACGGUGACCUGUAG